AUCUACGACACAUCAUCAAACCACUUUCUCCAAACUCCUCACACCUCACCCACCGCGUUUCUCCCUCAUUUCCAUCCUUCCACACUUCAUUCUCCGAUCAUCCAUGGCGGCAUCACGGCGGCUCCGGGACCUCCAAUCCCAACCUGGCAACAAGAUCUGCGUCGAUUGCUCUCAGAAGAAUCCACAGUGGGCAUCAGUCUCCUACGGCAUCUUCAUGUGCUUAGAAUGCUCCGGCAAACACCGUGGUCUCGGCGUUCACAUCUCCUUCGUCCGAUCCGUCACCAUGGAUGCUUGGUCCGAAAUUCAAAUCAAGAAAAUGGAAGCUGGUGGUAAUGACAAUCUCAACGCUUUCCUUGCCAAGUAUUCAAUUCCGAAGGAAACGGAUAUUGUUACCAAGUAUAACACCAACGCUGCUUCGGUAUAUCGUGAUCGGAUUCAGGCUUUGUCGGAAGGUCGGUCGUGGCGUGAUCCACCGGUUGUUAAGGAGAAUUUAGGUUCUAAGGGAAGGCCGCCGAUGGGGCAGAGUCGCCGGAUUAAUGAUUCCGGUUGGGAUGAUUGGGAUAGGGAAGGAGGUUCGGGUGGUGAUGUGAGGAGUAAGUCGACGGGGGAUUUUAGGAAUUUGAACGGCGGUGGUGCACCGGCGAGAUCGAGGUCGACGGAGGAUAUUUAUACGCGGUCGCAAUUAGAAGCUUCUGCGGCGGGUAAAGAGGGAUUUUUUGCGAAGAAGAUGGCGGAGAAUGAGUCGAGGCCUGAAGGACUUCCGCCUUCGCAGGGUGGGAAGUAUGUUGGGUUUGGAUCUAGUCCGAUGCCUUCGCAGAGGAGUAAUCCGCAGCAAAAUGAUUAUUUUUCUGUUGUUUCACAGGGGAUUGGGAAGUUGUCAUUGGUUGCUGCUUCCGCUGCUAAUGCUGUUCAGACUGGCACAAAAGAGAUUACUUCUAAGGUCAAGGAAGGCGGUUAUGAUCAAAAGGUCAACGAAACUGUCACUGUUGUUACUCAAAAGACAUCAGAGAUUGGUCAAAGGACAUGGGGUUUAAUGAAAGGGGUUAUGGCUUUGGCUUCACAAAAGGUUGAGGAGUACACUAAAGAAAACUCAAAUUCGACUACUAAUAACUGGCAACGAAAUGAGAGUGAUAGAAAUGGCUACUAUCAGGAUUUCAAUCAAGGGAACAAAGGAGGUAAUUCUUCUACUGGAAGAGAACAAUCUUCAUCAGGGCAAUACAAAACUCAAAGCUCAAACUCUUGGGACGAUUGGGGCCAAAAAGAUAGUUGGAAGGGAGAACCUGCUAAUAAAGGAUCAACUCCUUAUUCAUCUGGUGGGCAGUCUGGUACUCACAAUCCCAGCUCUUGGGAUGAUUGGGACCACAAAGAUUCUAGGAAGGAAGAACCAGCUAAAUCAUCGGCUCCCCACAAUAAUGAUGUUGGUUGGGCUGGCUGGGAUAAUGCAAAAGAUGAUGGAUUUGAUAACUUUUAUGAAGGUGCAUCUAAUAAGAAAGCUGCUGGACAUAAUGGGAAAUCAGAUGACGCUUGGACAGGGGGUGGCUUUCUCUAAGGUUUCAUCCAUCCACAUUACCAGUCUCGAGAUUGUUCCAUUGAUGACAAAAAUUACCGCAGCUUUCGGACUGAUGACAUGCAGGCAAAGCCAUGGUGCCCCUAAAACAACUAUGCAUGUGAAAGGACUGUCAACUGUAACUUAUUAGUGUAUUUUUCACUUUUAAACUCAAAAACCCUAUGUGCAGGAAGAAUUGUUUUUUUGAGGUUAGUAUACUUUGUCCACUUGUAAUUUUUUCCUAUGUAACAUUUUGGGAACUCCGGUUGGAAAAAUAUAGUUCUACAUUUACGAGUGUUGAAAGAAAGGCAUAAUUGCCCAAAUCUUAAUUCUUCAGAGCAGUACUACCUGCGAUGCGAUGUAACAGUGUUGUGACAAGAAAAUUUCAGAAUUGUUUUGAAUGUGUUGCUUCUUAA